CCGCAAGAAGAAAAGCCACCCAUUCGUCCCCCUCCCCUACCUCCCAUCCUUUGCCCAGGAGCUGCCUUCAUCGCAGUCACGCCCCUUCCUUCUGAGGAGCUUUCUGGCUGCCCAAGCUGGUAGACCCCCUGAUUUAUUCCUCCAUCUCCGCUCUCUUUCGCCUCAUCUUCGCUUAGUUCUCACCGCCCCCUCCACCCCCACCUCCAGCCUGUCUUGCCUCCGACCAUCCGCUGCUCCACCCUCCGGCCCGGUAUCCUGCCUGUCCACUGCCACCAAGGAGAGCCCGGACGGAGCGGCGAGGAGCGGAGCAGCGGGGAGUUGGGGCUUCCCCCUGCCCAUCCCUGGCCUCCGGCCCGGGACUGAAGCCACUUGAGCGAGCAGAGAGUCGUCACCUUGUCUUCGGUGCCUUCAGGGAGCGGUGGAGAAGGACAAGUAGGAUAACAGAAGUGAAAGAGGUUUUGUCUCCUUAGAAGAAAAGCUGAGAAACUAAAGAGUGACCAGUGGUUGGACUCUUGGCGGCGCUUACCCUGAACCUGAGUGUUAGGGGAGAGGGAAUCUGCCGUUGCGGUUUCUGGAGCUGCUCAUAAGCAAGAAUUCCCUAUCCUGAUCAAGGCUUUAAGCCUAAAAGAAAGCAGAAAUAGGUCAAGGGCAGCCCAGGUGCCCAAUUUCUCUCUCUCUUCACAAGGCACCACCAGCAAUAGAGAUGAGAAAUUCUGAAGAACAGCCAAGUGGAGGAACCACAGUGUUGCAGCGUCUGCUACAAGAGCAGCUUCGCUAUGGCAAUCCUAAUGAGAAUCGCAACCUGCUUGCCAUACACCAGCAAGCCACAGGGAAUGGCCCUCCUUUCCCCAGUAGCAGUGGGAAUCCAGGCCCUCAGAAUGAUGUGUUGAGUCCCCAAGACCACCACCAACAGCUUGUGGCUCAUGCUGCUCGACAAGAACCCCAGGGGCAGGAAAUCCAGGCAGAAAACAUCAUCAUGGAGAAGCAGCUCUCCCCUAGAAUGCAGAAUAACGAAGAACUCCCAACUUAUGAAGAAGCCAAGGUCCAAUCCCAGUACUUUCGGGGCCAACAGCAUGCCAGUGUUGGAGCUGCCUUCUAUGUCACUGGAGUCACCAACCAGAAGAUGAGGACCGAGGGACGCCCAUCGGUGCAGCGGCUCAAUCCUGGGAAGAUGCACCAGGAUGAAGGACUCAGAGACCUUAAGCAAGGACAUGUCCGCUCCUUAAGUGAACGACUAAUGCAGAUGUCACUGGCCACCAGUGGAGUUAAGGCCCAUCCACCUGUCACCAGCGCUCCCCUCUCCCCACCACAACCCAGUGACCUCUACAAGACUCCCACAAGUUCCAGUGAAUUCUACAAGGCCCAGGGGCCACCUCCCAGCCAGCAUAGCCUGAAGGGCAUGGAACACCGAGGCCCCCCACCAGAGUAUCCCUUCAAGGGCAUGCCACCCCAGUCUGUAGUGUGCAAGCCCCAAGAGCCAGGGCACUUCUAUAGUGAGCAUCGUCUGAACCAGCCAGGGAGAACAGAGGGGCAACUGAUGAGGUAUCAGCAUCCCCCUGAGUAUGGAGCAGCCAGGCCAGCGCAGGACAUCUCAUUGCCACUGUCGGCCCGGAGCUCACGGCCUCACAGUCCUACUUCUUCCCUCACGUCUGGGGGUUCCUUGUCCUUGCUGCAGUCUCCGCCAGCCACGAGAUUGUCUCCUGCCCAACACCCCCUGGUGCCAAGCCAAGGAGACCACUCAGCUCACCUGCCUAGGCCGCAGCAGCAUUUCCUCCCGACCCCGGCUCACCAGAGCGAUCAUUACCGGCCACCUCAGCCCGGCCUGAGCCCGCCGCAGCCGCAUCACCAUCACCACCACCAGCAGCCCCAGCCGGGUGAAGCCUAUUCAGCUAUGCCCCGGGCUCAGCAGUCCUCCGCUUCCUAUCAGCCAAUGCCAGCGGACCCGUUUGCCAUUGUUUCCAGAGCCCAGCAGAUGGUUGAGAUCCUGUCGGAUGAGAACCGGAACUUGCGGCAGGAACUGGAAGGAUGCUACGAGAAGGUGGCGAGACUGCAGAAGGUGGAGACAGAAAUCCAGCGUGUCUCAGAGGCAUAUGAGAACCUUGUAAAAUCAUCCUCCAAAAGAGAGGCCCUGGAGAAAGCCAUGAGAAACAAGCUUGAGGGUGAAAUUCGAAGGAUGCAUGACUUCAACAGGGAUCUGAGAGAGCGUCUAGAGACUGCCAACAAGCAGCUUGCGGAGAAGGAAUAUGAGGGAUCAGAGGAUACCAGAAAAACCAUCUCUCAGCUCUUUGCAAAAAAUAAGGAAAGCCAGAGGGAGAAGGAGAAGCUGGAGGCCGAGCUGGCCACUGCCCGUUCUACCAAUGAGGACCAACGGCGACACAUCGAAAUCCGAGACCAGGCCCUGAGCAAUGCCCAGGCCAAGGUGGUCAAGCUGGAAGAAGAGGACUCGUUGGUUUUGCUGCCUUGUCAUCAUCAUCACUGCCAUCUUCCUUCCAGGGACACAACAGUAAUCAGCCACUCUCCCAACACCAGCUAUGACACGGCCCUGGAAGCUCGCAUCCAGAAAGAGGAGGAAGAAAUCUUGAUGGCCAACAAGCGCUGCCUUGACAUGGAGGGCAGGAUUAAGACCCUCCAUGCCCAGAUCAUUGAGAAGGAUGCCAUGAUCAAAGUACUCCAGCAGCGUUCCCGGAAGGAGCCGAGUAAGACAGAGCAGCUGUCAUCCAUGCGACCUGCAAAGUCUCUGAUGUCCAUUUCCAACGCCGGGUCAGGCUUGCUCUCACAUUCUUCUGCCCUGACCGGCACCCCCAUCAUGGAGGAGAAGCGGGAUGACAAGAAUUGGAAGGGGAGCCUAGGUAUUCUCCUGGGUGGAGACUACCGCGCUGAGUCUGUCCCUUCCACACCGUCGCCGGUGCCGCCGUCCACUCCCCUGCUCUCGGCUCACUCCAAGACAGGCAGCCGAGACUGCAGCACCCAAACGGAACGGGGAACCGAACCGAGCAAAACCGCAGCUGUCGCUCCAGUGUCGGUUCCCGCGCCGGCCGCUGCCGCCGCCAUCACUGCCAACGCCGCCGCCAACAGCGCUGCCGCUGCCCCCAACAGCACCACCAUGGGAGCCGCCGCUCCAGCCGCCGCCGCCGCCGCCGCCGCCCCAUCUCCGGCAACUGCUGCUGCUGCUGCUGCUCUCGCUGCUGCCAUUUCUCCAGCCGCCGCUGCUCAGCUUCCAGCCGCGGCCUCUGCGGUUGCCGCGGCGGCGGCUGCUGCUGUUGCUCCCGCCGCGGCUGUUCAGGUUGCUCCAGCUGCUCCGGCUCCGGCUCCGGCUCCGGCUCCGACAGCGUCUCAGGCUUCUGAUCCGGCUCAGACUCAAGCGCCAAGUCCAGCUCCGGCUGCCGCUGCUCCUCCAGCUCCAGCUCCAGCUCCGGCUCCGGCUGUGGCUCCGGCUGAGGCUUCUGCAAGUCCAGCUGCCGGUUCUGGGUCGCGUCGUUUGUCUGUACCAAGUUUGACCUGCAGUCCGGAUAAGACAGAUGGCCCUGUUUUCCACUCCAAUACUCUGGAAAGAAAAGCUCCCAUUCAGAUCCUGGGACAAGAGCCUGAUGCGGAGAUGGUGGAAUAUCUCAUCUAAACGGCGUGUUCGAGAGCUGCAGUUUAUCAGCGAGAGUGCUUUUAAUCAUUUUUCCCUUUUGUUUGUUCUUAUUUUGAGGGUGAGGACAAGGGUUGGGGGGGAUGUUUUUUAAAGGGACUUUUUAUUGAAACGAUGUAGUACUUAAGUAAUACCAUACAAACUCCAGUCUACUCUGGUACACACUUAGAGAGUACCUCUAAAGACCGAUUAAUCAGAAUGUGCUCUAAAGUUAUUGUGUGGAUUUAUACAAAUCCUUGGACUGUUGAUAGCUGGAUAUACGUGAAUGUUUUCAACAUGCGUAAUUUUAUUUCGCAUUUCCAUAUUCCAGAUCAUUUUGAUUGAAGAGCACAGUACGUUUGGAAGACAGUGUGUAACAUGUAGUUCAGAAGUGGGAAGUCGGAGAGAAUUUGCACGUGUGCUGUUUUGUAUACUUACCAUCUAGACAAGCAUCCAGAGAGAGAGAGCUCUCGUCUCGGGCUCACAAAAGGGAAUAGUUUUGGGAGCUGUGUAAGCUGGAGAAAAGGCAGGGAAUAUUGGGGUGUGGAAGGGUGCUGGAGCUAAUUUUCCUUCCCAAUUUCCCAGCUGCCCUGUGCCAGGAGAUUGUGUUUAUCUUCAUUUCAGUGGUGCUUUGGAAGUGGAUUCUUUUGGUUCCCUUGUGGAGGUUCAUACAUUCAUAUAUAUACUCUGGAGUAAUUUAUGCAUUUGGAUAAUUAAUAUAUUGCUUUCAGAUGCUAGGAGAGUAAAUUAGCUGUGUGAUGGACAACUUCCUCUUUCUUAGGGAGUUAGACCAUCAGAGGCCUUGACGGAGAGUUGCAUGAGGUGCUGUGUGUGGCCACGAACACAGCUCGCUUGCCUUUCCUGAGACCAAUCUGCUUAGUGUUUAUUUCUUCUCCAGCACAAACUCACUGGCUGUGUCACCAGUCUCAAAUUUCCAAUCGUUGGCAAAACGAGGAAGCAUUUUCGGUGACGGGCCGAAUGCUUUGACUUUCUGGUGACUACUUGGAAGUAACUCCUUUUGUUUUCCCCAAUUCUUAGCAUACGUCUUAAAAGGCAUCGUUGACUAUCACCUCCAAGGGAAUAGCAUCAGAAGCCCAAAGUACUAUGCUGCAGCCGGCGGGGAGAGGGGCGCUGCAGGUGUACCCUUAGUUACCCCUUCUCGCUGCCAGUGACUCCAUCUCGGAAUACCUUUGGAGAGCAGCAGGAAAUGCACAUGUGGACAGGGACCAAGGAGGCCAGGGCUCCAAGCUUUGCCAUGGGGCUGCCUCCAGGGACACAAAAGGACUGCUUUUUGCCACGGGUCCCUGCUCUGUGUCACCUCUCUGCCCUUCAUUAAGGUGACAGAUCCGCAGACAAUGUCAUUAAGAUCAGGUUUCAGGGGUAUGGGAGGGUGAGGGGAGUGGGGGGGGUG